AUCAUACCAUUCUCUCACUAGAAGGGAAAACCUAUAAUGGCAGCAGGCCAUAAAAGAGACUCACUUUGGGAAUAUUUUAAUGAAGUUCCUCUACCUGUGGGUAAGAUAGGCAUGCGUGCAAAAUGCAAACAGUGCAACAAAGAAAUACAAGGCCUGGUUGCCCGAAUGAAACAACAUCAGGAGAAGUGUUCCUUCUCAGGAGGAAGCUGCAUUGAAGAUUAUGAAAGAAACAUGUCUGAACAUGCAGGAUCUUCCGUCAAUCCAGAAAUCUUUUUAAAUGAAUCCAGUGCUUGCAAAAAUGAUGAUCUCCUGGGAGACUGACAUGCUCUAUUUGGGAUAUAGCUGUUCUUCAUAUGGACUUGGAAGUAACUACCUUCAAGGAUGAAAGUGCAGUGUUAUUCCCAGCAUUGUGACUUUUCCAUCAUGUCAGAACCUAUAACACUCAACGUUGGAGGAAAACUGUACACCACUUCCCUGUCUACUUUGACUAGUUUUCCAGACUCCAUGCUGGGCGCCAUGUUCAGUGGAAAGAUGCCAACCAAAAGGGAUAGCCAAGGCAACUGCUUCAUUGACCGAGAUGGCAAAGUGUUCCGCUACAUCUUGAACUUCUUGAGAACUUCCCACCUGGACCUCCCUGAGGACUUCCAGGAAAUGGGCUUGCUGCGACGGGAGGCAGAUUUUUAUCAGGUUCAGCCACUGAUUGAAGCGUUGCAAGAGAAGGAGGUGGAGCUCUCCAAAGCUGAGAAGAACGCCAUGCUCAACAUCACCUUGGAUCAGAGGACACAGACAGUUCACUUCACUGUUCGGGAAGCGCCCCAGAUCUACAGCCUGUCUUCCUCCAGCAUGGAAGUAUUUAGCGCCCACAUAUUCAGCACGUCAUCUCUGUUCUUGAAGCUCCUGGGUUCCAGACUUUACUACUGCUUCAAUGGCAACCUGUCUUCAAUAUCCAGCUACCUGCAGGACCCCAACCACUUGACCUUGGAUUGGGUCGCGACUGUGGAAGGCCUGCCAGAAGAGGAGUACACUAGACAGAACUUAAAGAGACUUUGGGUGGUGCCAGCUAAUACACAAAUUAAUAGCUUCCAGGUAUUUGUGGAAGAGGUGCUAAAAAUAGCCAUGAGUGAUGGGUUUUGUGUGGAUUCCUCCCACCCCCAUGCCUCUGAUUUCAUGAGUAAUAAGAUUAUUCGACUAAUUCGGUACAAGUAGAAAUAGCCUGUUGUGAUGGUAUCAGGAAAUACAUAACCAAACACAGUGUUUUAUUUUAAGACCCACUUCGAGACACUGUAACAAACAGCCUAAUACAAAAUAAUGUGAUAAUCUGUACUAAGAAUCACUAACUGUGAGUUGAUUUUCCUGUACUGAAUUUACCAAUGUCCUUUCAGAAUAUGUCUGUAUUCUAGGUGGAUGGAAUGCUGUCUAUUGGCUUGAGCAGGGUCUAGGAAUUAAGGAGUCCUGGGCUCCAUUUCUGCCUCCGCCACUGACUCACUGUGUGAUUGUGGGCAGAUCACUUAACUUCUCUCUGACUCUGUUUUCCCAUCGGAAAACAGGGAUAGUAAUAUUUAACCUACUUCAAAAGAAUGCCGUGAGGCUUAAAUAAUGAGGUUUACAAAUCACCUUGAGAUCAUCCAAUGCAGCAUUCCAGAGCUGCAGAGUUGUAAUAAGUGCAGUGGGUUUGAGUCUCCACCACGUUGCACGUUGUGUAGCCAAUUUUACUUGGCCAGAGUGGAUGUAGAAUGCUACCAAGUCAGCAGGAUAGAGGUUUCACACACACACUUUACACAGGUAUAAAUGACCAUGCAAGGAAGCAGAGAAUCUGGCUUAGAGUGUUCAAACUGAAGUCUUCUUUUCCCUGUAAUGAAUCCUCAAUCCUGUUCUUCUAUUGAAGUAGCCAUGUUUGCACUGGGCAGUUAGUAUCGCAAAUGACGAAGGAUGCCAUUGCAGACAGAAUAAUGCUGUCUAUGUGGGUUUUGUUUAAACAUGCUUUGGAUACACAGGAGCGCCGCCAGCUUUCCUGCCGCCCUAGGCGGCGGAAGGUCCUGCCCCGAAACGCCGCCCCCCCACAGAGGCAGUGGAAGGUCCCACUGCCGAAAUACUGCUGCGGUCACUGCCCCCCAAAUUGUAGUGCCCUAAUGGGUUGUGCUGGCCCUGUGGAUACACUUAAACCCUUACCAAUUACGCUCUAAUGCAUGAAAGGUAACUAGAUUUGGUCUUUCUCAUAAGGGUAUGUGUGUCUGGAGGAUACUGCUGAAAACAUUUUUUGUUCUGGAGACAAUUAACAGAAUAGAGUGUGUCAGCCCCAAAUGUCUUCUAAAUAGUUUGAUCCACAUCUACCCAUGUCCCACACCUUCUCUUUGGGCACAUGCUCCCCAGGGCAGAUGGGUAAUGAAGGAUUAAGGGCUGAACGAAACAUAGUUUGCCUUUUGGAAUACAAACCAUCCCUUCUAUAAGAUUAUGCAUGAUAUGUUUUCUAAUUACUGUUCUUCAGUAAAGACCAGGGGCCUGAUUCUCGUUUGCCUUGCACCAUGUGCAUUUGUUUACACCAGUGCCAAGUGCAUGUUGUAAAAGACUACCCAGUCAGAAUGGAAGCAUUUUACACCCUCUGUGCUUGGGUGUAAAUGACUACACAAGGGGCAGGGAAAUGGAGAACCAGCCCAGUAGAAAUGGUGGAAGGGGGGGAAAUGGCCAAGCACUUUAACUAAGGCCUUGUCUACACCAGAGGUUCUCAACCUUUUUCUUUCUGAAGCUCCCCUCCCCCCCAACAUGCUAUUAAAAACUUCACGGCCCACCUGUUCCACAAUAACUGGUUUUCUGCAUCUAAAAGCCAGGGUCGGCCUUAGCGGGUAGCAAGCAGGUCUAUUGCCUGGGGCCCCAUGCCCCAGGGGCCCCCACGAAGCUCCAUUGCUCAGGCUUCAGCCCCGGGUGGCGGGGCUCUGGGACCUGGGCUUCAACCCUAUGCGAUGGGGCUUCGCCAAGGGUCGGCAACCUUUGGCACGUGGCCCAUCAGGGUAAUCUGCUGACAGGCCGCGAGACAUUUUGUUUACGUUGACCAUCUGCAGGUAUGGCCUGCCGCAGCUCCCAGUGGCCCCGAUUUGCCAUUCCCAGCCAAUGGGAGCUGCGGGAAGUGGCGGGCCACUGGGAUGUGUCUUUCUGAACAAGGUUGUCACACUCAAGCACUGACUACACUGGCAAACCUCUGGAUAUCGCUCACCAUCUGUCAUCUGUAAUGAGACAGAAGGGAGAAUACAGUGAUCUGUAAGGCAUCCAAUAACUAGCAUCCAUACCAGCAUUUUUACCGUCUCCAGAAGCUUUUAAAUCAGGUCUGUGUUUCUACAAAGCUUAGCCUUAUCUUAGUCCUUGCUUCCUAAAGUAAUAUGGCGCAGUACCAACCCAGUUUAUAUGUAACCACGGUAUAGGAGUUGUAUUUUGUUAAAAUGUAUAAGACCUCUUCAACUUUACCACCCCAAGCUGCAAUGGCUGUAGAUGGUAAAACCCCAGAUACUGCAGCAAGUGGUGUUACAUGUCAAGCCACCAACACCACUCCCAAUGAAUCAGUGCUGUACCAAUGCAGCUGUGUGAUAUGGGAGCCACCAUGCUGUGGGAGAUGUUGCCUUUUGGAUGAAAUGUAAAAUGGAGGUCCUGACCCUUUAUAGCCAUUAAAAAUCAUCUGGAAACUUUCAGAAGAUUGAGGAUUUUAAUCCUGAUCUCCUGGCCAAGAUCCAACAUGAAAAAUGAUGUUCUUUCCAUUUAAAAUCCCCUUGCCGUUUCAAAUGGAUCAAGUAGCAUUCUUCCCUCCUUGUCUGAAACUGCUGUGCGGUGUUAAACAACGGCCAUAUUCCACACCAGAGGUAGCUGCAUGUCAGUGGUGAAGCAAAGUGAUUCCUGUGUGAAUCUAUCUUAUACAAAGAGUUUAUAGUUAAACUGGAUGCUAAUGUGUUAUACAGUACUCAUCAUUUUACAUCCUCUGAAUAGUUUGACCUGCAAGAUCUCAGAAGCUGCCUGCUCUAACCAAAGCUGUGUCAUAAAGCAAAUAAAAUUAAUUUGGAAGUAGUGCU